AUGACGACGACCGUACAGCCGUCUAGCGCGUCGUCGCUGACGGCGGCCGAGCCGGGCACGGCGGCCGCACUGCCAGAGAAGGGCACCGGACCGGCGCUGCAGCCGGACCUGGAAGCCGGGUCGAAGCCGGCGCACCGGAUCGUCAGCCACUUUCAGACGCUGCUCCGACCGGCAGGCGUGACGCCCGAGGUGCUUGCGCACGAGUACCCUGGCCAGGGUACGGCCGAGUCGCCGUACCUUGUCUUCUUCCUCGAUGUCGACGCCCACAACCCGCAGACGCUGCCGUCGUGGCGCAAGUGGCUCUACACCCUCACCAUGGCCACGGCCACGCUGGCAAUCGCCUUUGUCAGCUCAGCCUUUUCCGGUGGCAUCUCCGAGAUCAUCCGGGAGUUCCACAUCUCGGACGAGGUUGCCAUCCUGGGCAUGUCGCUCUUCGUGCUCGGCUUCGCCGUCGGCCCACUCAUCUGGGCCCCUAUGAGCGAGUACUUUGGUCGCCAGAUGCUCUUCUUCGGCACCUACGCCAUCGUCACCGCCUUCAACGCCGGUUGUGCUGGCGCCAAGAACAUCGAGACCCUCAUCAUCCUGCGCUUCUUCGCCGGUGCCUUCGGCUCGUCGCCCCUGACCAACGCCGGUGGCGUCAUCGCCGACAUGUUCUCCGCCAGCGAGCGUGGCAUGGCCACUGCUAUCUUUGCUGCCGCCCCCUUUCUCGGGUCCCUUCGCUCGGGCCUCAUGGCUGCCUUCACAGGUGUCAUGUGGAUCGUCGGCACGCUCAUCGUGCCUGAGACUUAUGCCCCCUACCUCCUGCGCAAGCGUGCACAGGAACUCUCGCGCCGCACCGGAAAGUUUUACGUCUCCCGCUUGGACGCCCACUACUACACCCCCGGCAAGGAUGGCAGCCCGCCGCCGGCAAAGCCCACCGUCGGCCACCAGCUCCGCACUGCUCUCUGCCGGCCCUGGAUCUUGCUCUUCACCGAGCCCAUCGUCUUCGUCAUCUCGCUCUACAUGGCUAUCAUCUACGGCACCAUGUACAUGAUGUUUGAUGCCUUCCCCAUCGUCUUUGAGGAGGUCCGUGGCUGGUCGGCUGGUAUCGGUGGCCUUGCUUUCCUCGGCAUUGCUGUCGGUAUGGUCAUUGCUGUCUUCUAUGCCGGUCUCGACAACCACUUCCGCUACGCCAAGAUCUCUCUUGCCCACAAGGGCGCUGCUCCUCCUGAGGCUCGCCUUUUCAGCGGUGCCAUCGGUGCUGUCCUCAUUCCUGUCGGCCUCUUCUGGUUCGCAUGGACCAAUCGGCCGCCCGUCCACUGGGUUGUCCCCAUCAUCGGCUCCGGCUUCUUCGCUGCCGGCCUUGUGCUCGUCUUCCUCAGCUUGAUGAACUACUUAGUCGACACCUACGUCGUCUUUGCUGCUUCCUGCCUGGCUGCCAAUGCUGUCCUGCGUUCGCUCUUUGGUGCUGCCUUCCCGCUGUUUACCACUUACAUGUACCAAAACCUCGGUCUUCACUGGGCUGCGUCUAUUCCGGCUUUCCUCGCUCUGGCCUGCUUGCCCUUCCCUUUCCUCUUCAUGCGCUAUGGCGAGCAGAUUCGCAUGCGCUGCAAGUUCGCUGCUGAGGCUGCUGCCAUCUUGGCUCGCAUGCGCCAGGGCGCCGCUCCUGUCACACCGCCCGAUGAGGAUGCCGCCAUCCAGGAGGUUAACGCUCACGAGCUGGAGCGCCGCCUCACUCGUGCCAGCCACGCCAGCCGCGCCAGCCGAGCCAGCCGCAUCAGCCGCCGCCUCUCGCAGGCCAUCAACAGCAACGAGAAGUCGGACGCCUAA